AUGCCAAAAUUCUUGACUAAAGAAGAACGUGCUAAAUUGGCUUUGGAGCGAAGACAAAAAGAUGUAGAGGAACAACGUCAAAAACAAGAAGAGGAAAGACGUCAUAAAGAUGAAUUUCAAAGAAAAGCUAGGGAUGAAGCUCGACAAAGUUAUGGUAGAGAUCGUCGAGAUUAUUAUGACCGUUAUGAUCGUGAUAAAUAUGAUCGUUACGAUCGUGAUCGAAUAAAAGGAAGAGAUAGAGAUGGUAAUGACAAACAUCUAAACAAUAAAAAUAAUGAUGAUGAUACUUCAAAAAUGGAUGAUAAGGAACUACAAGCAAUCAGGGAACGUUAUAUGGGUGGUGAACGUAAAAAACGUAAAAUACGUAAAAUGAACGAGAAGAAAUUUGUUUUUGAUUGGGAUGCUGGCGAAGAUACUUCACAAGAUUUUAAUCCUUUAUAUGCAAAUAAACACAAUGCUCAAAUGUUUGGACGUGGUCAUUUUGCUGGUAUUGAUAUUAAGGAGCAAAAAAGAGAUCGUGCAUCAUUCUAUAAUCAAUUAUUAGAACAAAGAAGAACUCUUGAUCAGAAAGGUCGAGCUGAAGAGAAAAUGGAGAUUGAUAGGCGAAAAGAAUUGAAAACCAUGUGGGAUGAUCGACACUGGUCAGAAAAACCUUUAACAGAAAUGAAGGAGAGAGACUGGCGUAUAUUCAAAGAAGAUUUCAAUAUUACAACUAAAGGUGGCAGCAUUCCAAAUUCUAUAAGGUCAUGGAAGGAAUCUGGUUUACCACAAAGAAUACUUGAUCUUAUUGAAAAUAUUGGAUAUAAGGAACCAACACCUAUUCAACGACAAGCUAUUCCUAUAGGUUUACAAAAUAGAGACAUCAUUGGAAGUGGUAAAACUGCAUCUUUUGUAAUACCAAUGCUUGUAUACAUAUCUGAUCUUCCAAAAUUGUGUGAUGAAAAUAUGGCAGAUGGUCCCUAUGCUUUAAUUUUAGCACCAACUCGUGAAUUGGCUCAACAAAUUGAGCAAGAGACUAUGAAGUUUGCUGCUCCUAUGGGGUUCAAUUGUGUUUCAAUUGUUGGUGGUCGUGCUGUUGAAGAACAAGCUUUUAAUUUAAGAAAUGGAGCAGAAAUAAUUAUUGCCACACCUGGUCGUUUGAAAGAUUGUUUGGAUAGACGUAUUUUAGUUCUUAACCAGUGUACUUAUGUUGUAAUGGAUGAAGCAGAUCGUAUGAUAGAUAUGGGGUUUGAAACAGAUGUAAAUGUAAUUUUGGAUGCUUUACCGGUUUCUAAUGUUAAGCCAGAUACUGAAGAAGCUGAAAAUCCAGUUGAAAUGUUAAAAAAAAAUGGUACAAAGGAACGUUAUAGACAAACUGUCAUGUUUUCAGCAACAAUGCCUCCUGCAGUAGAACGUUUAGCUAAAAGAUAUUUGAGAAGACCUGCUGUAGUUACUAUUGGUACAGCUGGUCAAGCAGUAGAUACUGUUGAACAAAGAGUUGAAAUGAUAACUGAUGAAGGCAGAAAGAAGGGAAGAUUAUUGGAGAUUUUACAAGGUUCAUUUGAUCCACCAAUAAUCAUAUUUGUUAAUCAGAAAAAAGGCUGUGAUGUUCUUGCUAGAGCAUUAAACAAACUAGGGUAUCGAGCAACUACACUUCAUGGAGGACGUGGUAUUGAUGUAAAGAAUGUUUCAUUAGUUAUUAACUAUGAUAUGGCCAAAAAUAUUGAAGAUUAUACACAUCGUAUUGGUCGUACGGGUCGUGCUGGCAAGUCUGGUGUAUCCAUUACAUUUUUAUCUAUUGCAGAUGCAGAUGUUAUGUAUGAUUUAAAGCAAAUGAUUAUGAAAUCACCAAUAUCUCGUGUUCCUCCAGAAUUGGCUUCUCAUCCAAAUGCUAUAGCAAAACCUGGAACUUAUGUAUCUAAACGAAAUGGGUUUUCAGAUUACACACCUGGAUCCAAUAGAAUCUCUAGCGGUAGUGUAAAUUCUAAUAUAUCUGAUUAUUCUAUAGCUGAAGAACAUUUUGGAUCUUUUUAUGGAAAUAUUGAUGAAACAUCACAAGUUACUGGCAGACUAAUUAGGCAUGUUACCAUUAAACAAUUACUUAACGCUGAAAUAAGUGAUGAUAAUACUGUAAUUAAAAUUGAUGACCAUGAAGUUGGAUAUGUUACAUUUAUAGCUGUGAUUAAUAGUGUUUCAUCUCGUGCUUCUAACACUGACUAUAUAAUGGAAGAUGGUAGUGGAUUGAUUGAUGUAAAGAUUUGGCAGGAUAAUGAUGAUGAGAUGACCACAAAUAAUGAUAUAAAAGAAAAUAUAUAUGUUAGAGUGGUUGGAAAUCUAAAAACUUUUAACAAUAUACGACAUGUGGUAGCUUCGCAAAUAAAACCUCUUGAAGAUUUUAAUGAGAUCAGUUGUCAUAUAGCUCGUGUUGUCUAUGAACAUUUGUACUUUAUAAAAAAUGGAUCUCGUGCGCUCCUUAAAGAAAAUGAUAUUCGAAUAAAUAGUAUUAAUACAAUCACAAGUUCAAGUUCGAGUUAUCAACCAGACUUUAAUCAAGAAAGCAUUACUAGGACAAGUUCAAUUUAUCAAUCAGAGUUUAGAUCCAAUAGUAAUAUCAGCACACAGAAUUUAAAGAAUCAAUUAUACAGAGACAUAAUUAGUUAUGUUACUAGUAAUUCUGAUGAUGAAACAGGAGUUGAUGUUGCUCAAAUGGCCAAAGUAUUAUCAAAAAAUCAUAAAUCUGAUGAUAUGGUUGUCAUAAAUGCUGUUGAUCAAAUGUGUUCGGAAGGUCAACUUUACAGCACUUGUGAUGCCAAUCAUGUUAAGCUUGCAGCUUUUUAA